AUGCGCAAAAGGAGUCCGUCGUAUAGCCCGCGCCGACGGUCUAUAAGCCCUCGUCGGAGGUCUAUAUCUCCGCGCUUUAGAAGCCGUCGUCGGAGUCGGAGUUCGAGUCGUGAGAGGUAUCGGCGCUCAAGAAGUGGUAGUCGUAGUCGAAGUGGUAGCAGAAGACGCCGAAGUCGUACACCUGAACGGCGCCGGUAUUCACGUUCACCGGAUAGACACAUGAAUCCAAUGACGCCUAUGAUGCCAAUGGGAGGUCAGGGACUUGAAAUGCCUUUUAUGGGCGCACCCGCCCCUCCAUAUAUGCCAUCAAUGGAUGCAAUGUAUCAACCGAUUAUGAAUCAGCAGAUUAUCCCUAAGAGUCGUCCCCCUGUGGCGCCCAAACUAAGUCCACGAAAGGGCACAAAUCCUAACCUUAAAAAGGUUCCGAUC